CGACGACAUCUCUCCGCCAUCACCGCGUCGGCACACUGCGCCCCUCAUUUCUACUAGAUCUCCAUCGUUUUUCUGGGCUCCCGCAUUAGGGCGUUGUGGAAUUGUUUCAGCGCCAGUGAUCGGUCGGCGCGUUCUUGAUCCAUCAGCUUCUUUCCGCCUCAACUACAACCACACCCUACAACCACCAUGACGAUCUGGGAUACCAUCACGGGUCGCAAAUCGUCCUCGCCUCCCACCACCACUCCCGAACCUCACGACACCUUCACACCCGCCCCGUUCGACCCCAGCACAGCCAUCCAGAACCCCUCAGAAUUCAUAAUAGAUCCCUCGCAGCUGCACCCCCUCGCAGGCCUCAACCAAGAUACCCUCGACUACCUCAAUCUUGAAGAUAGCGCUCUCACGGACCUACCCGGCGGCCGCUCUGCCUUGCCCUCGCGCGGCUGGUCAGACGAUCUGUGUUAUGGCACCGGGAUAUCCUACGUAACGGCGCUCACCAUCGGUGGUGCGUGGGGUCUUGUGGAGGGCCUGCAAAAGAAUCCCGCAUCGAUGCCGCCCCGGUUACGGCUCAAUGGCGUGCUGAACGCGGUGACGAGGAGGGGACCGUUCUUGGGGAACUCGGCGGGCGUGAUAGCAAUGGUUUAUAAUGGCAUCAACAGCACGAUUGGGGCUGUAAGGGGCAAGCACGAUAUCACCAACAGCGUGGUUGCAGGUGCGCUGAGCGGCGCCAUCUUCAAGAGCACGCGAGGAGUGAGGCCCAUGAUGAUCAGCAGUGGUAUUGUUGCCAGCGUCGCAGGCGCUUGGGCGAUCUCCCGGAAAGCCUUCUUCGAAAGCGAGUAGACGAUUGCCACGUACGACUCAGAUUCCCCCUAGCUCGCCGGCAAUCCGGCCACGCGGUUGUGUCAGGACAAGGCUCCGAAAUGACUGGGGGGAGACGAUAGGAGACACGAACGAGACGGCGGCGCGCACACUUUUCCCAUUCUUCCAGACCCACCACUUUUUUUCUGCAUAAACCGCCCUCUUCGGCGACGGACGUCCAAUCUUCUUCGCAUGUCUCUUCAAACUCACCUCUCUUAAACCUCACGGCGGGGCGUUUGUUUCCAACAAAGACCAUAUAUGUACCAUAGGGAGUCCACGGGGGCAUUUGCUAUUUUCUGGACGUGGCUGGGUUUAUAUCGUUCAUGCUGCCGAUGUUUGGUUCGGCGUGGUUUAGCGGUGGAAGUGUUGUGUAAGACCAGUGGACGGUGACCAUCUACAUGUGAAUGUAAAAUGUAAUAUUGUAUCCACAGCAUGGAGUGGUGUGUCUCAACCAUCUGCUUGCAAGUGUCCGGUCCGC